ACAGAAGUGGAGUAAGUACACUGAGGCUUAUUUAAAGAGCGAAACUGAAAAAAAAUAAAUAGGCAAGAAACAAAGAACGCAACCCAAAGAUUCUUGAUUCUUUUACUCUCACGCACAAAACCCCCAAAUUUUCAUCACAGCGAUCAAAAUGGCGAGCACUGAAGCUUUGAUCAGUGACUCGUCGGCGACCGAGUCCGAUAUGGACGUAGACGACGACCCCGAUUCCGCUCCUAACAUCGAUUCCGCUCCUUUCUCCGAAGGAGAGAAAGUCCUCGCUUUUCACAGCUCUCUCAUUUACGAAGCCAAGGUGAGAAAAAUUGAGUACCGGAACAGGGAGUGGAGGUUUUUCGUGCAUUACCUUGGCUGGAGCAAAAACUGGGAUGAAUGGGUAGGCUUGGAUCGCUUGUUGAAGUUCACUGAGGAAAAUGUGCAGAAGCAGCAGGCCCUUGUCCAGAAGCAGAGCAUAGACAAGAAUACAAAGCAAGUGCGAGCGUCACAGAUUAUACCAAAAAGCCCCAACACAGCUAGAGCCAAGAAGCGAAAGAAUGACGCCGCUAGUAAGGAGAAAGGCAUGAUACCACUGGACAAGCUUGCGAAUAUCCAAAUUCCACCACCACUAAAGAAGCAAUUAGUUGAUGAUUGUGACUUUAUUACUCAUUUAGGCAAGCUUGUUAAACUUCCACGUGCCCCAAAUGUUGAUGAAAUAUUGAAGAAGUAUCUUGGUUACAGGAUGAAGAAGGAUAACUCGAUAGCUGAUUCAGUGGGAGAAAUUCUGAAAGGUUUACGUUGUUACUUUGACAAAGCAUUGCCAGCAAUACUUCUAUAUAAAAGUGAGCGUCGGCAAUAUAAAGAAGCAAUUUCAGUUGAUGUCUCUCCUUCAACUGUAUAUGGUGCUGAACAUCUAUUGCGCCUCUUUGUUAAGUUGCCUGAGUUAUUGUACUAUGCUAACAUCGAAGAGGAGACAUUGAUGGAGCUGCAGCAAGAAUUAGUCGAGUUUCUCAAGUUCUUACAGAAGCAUCGGAGUGCAUUUUUCCUCUCAACUUACCAUGUGCCAGAAGAUAUUGAAACCAGCACCAACAAGUAAGAUGUCUAGGUCAAAGAUGUAUUUGCAACAAAUUGAGUAUAGAAUACCAUAGAACUAGCUAAAGCUUUAGGUUGAUGUAUAAUCACCUUUUAGAUUUGAUAUUUUCCUGGAUUCCAAAAUUUGAGAAACCAGAUGUCUGUGUUUCAUGUUAUUAGUUUUGAAAUGUCUUUGUAAACGAGGGUACAUUGCGGGCAAUGUAUAUGGGAGAAACAUGCCGGACAGACAUAUUGCCCUGUAAAGGCCUGUAGUGUACCCCAGAUAUAUGUCAUUAUCUAAUAGCCCUGGAUAGGAACAGUAUGAACAAUUGUAAAUGGUGGAAAUUUGGUGAAUGGAAAUGAGACUACCUGACAGAA